UCCGUAGCGGAGCCGAGUUCAGCCCCUGGGCGCGGCACCCUCCCUAACCAUGGCGGGCGAGUUGGAGGGCUGCAAGUCCCUGAGCGGGCUGCUGAGCGGCCUGGCGCAGAGCGCUUUCCACGGACACGCGGGUAUCACCGAGGAGCUGCUACACAGCCAACUCUAUCCGGAAGUGCCCCCGGAGGAGUUCCGCCCCUUCCUGGCGAAGAUGAAGGGAAUUCUUAAGUCUAUUGCAUCUGCAGACAUGGAUUUCAACCAGUUAGAGGCAUUUCUGACUGCUCAAACCAAAAAGCAAGGUGGCAUCACCAGUGAACAAGCAGCGGUCAUUUCCAAGUUUUGGAAGAGCCAUAAGACAAAAAUCCGGGAGAGCCUCAUGACCCAGAGCCGCUGGGAUAACGGGCUUCGGGGCCUGAGCUGGAGAGUGGACGGCAAGUCUCAGUCAAGGCAGUCAGCUCAGAUACACACCCCUGUGGCCAUAAUCGAGCUGGAGUUUGGGAAAAGUGGACAGGAAUCUGAAUUUCUGUGUUUGGAAUUUGAUGAAGUUAAGGUCAAACAAAUCCUGAAGAAGCUGUCGGAGGUAGAAGAGAGUAUCAACACGCUGAUGCAGGCAGCCUAACUAAGGUGAUGUAGGAAGGAGAGUUGAAAUGAAGGUGUUCAGCGGCGGUGGUGGCGCAUGCCUUUAAUCCCAGCACUUGGGAGGCAGAGGCAGGCGGAUCGCUGUGAGUUCCAGGCCAGCCUGGUCUACAAAGCGAGUCCAGGACAGUCAAAGAUACACAGAGAGACCCUGUCUUGAAAAAAAUAAAAAGAAA